AUGGCUGGAUUAGAUGAAGAAAUAAAUUCAACGAAACCAAGGGUCAAAGGAUCAAAAGUAUUUGGUAAUAUGAUUGGAGCAGGAAUCAGCGAUGAUGAUAACGAUGAUGAUGAUGAUGAUGAUGAUGAGGAGGAGAACGAUCAGGAAAAUGAUGUUUUUUAUGCGGAUGAUGAUGAUGCUGAUGAUGAUGGUGAUACCAUUCCGUACCGUAAUAAGCUGGAUAAAUCAAGAUCGGAACGGAACAAUGAAAAUGCUAUGAAGUUGGACCUUAGCAGCGAGGAUGAUUUCUGA